AUUACAUACAUAUUAUUUCAAAUUAGAAAUCCAAAAGCUGCAUUUGAAAGUACAUUUUAUGUGAAAUCGUUAAUUAGCUUAAGGUUUUACCGAAAAAGUUUUAAUAAAAUGUUACUGUCAGGGCUUGAAGGCGCAAAGUUGGAAAUACCGAUAUUUGCAUUUGCUCAAGCCAAAAGUUCUGCACUGUAUUUGUUUUUGCUUACAUUAGUCUUCACAGCAGAGCCUUUGAGCUGAAUCUCACUGCCUGACUUGUUUCAAUGGCGAGGCGCCGUAGUGUAUGUAUUUCAUGUUUGUGUAAGUGUGGCUGCAUUUGUGUGGGUGUCACACUGAGGCACUGAAACCUGGUAAGUGGUUACCUUGAUUUGAGCGGACCAGCCUGAGGCUUGAGUCAAUUUAUUCAUGUUUGCUUCCUGCUAAAACUCUGUGAAAGAAACGUUUAUUUACUUUCACAUUCAAAUGAGAGAUUCUGAGCUCUGAAGACAUUCAGCCGACAAACAACUCACUGCUCACACAGCAGAUAUGAAGUUUGUGAUCCUGUUGGCUGUUGUGAGUGGGGUUUUUGCUGCCCCUUUCAUGAAAGAAGAGGCAGCAAAUCAUUUCAUCAGGCUGAAGAGGCAGGCGGGAUACUGGGACCCUUAUAAUACUCAGAACCAGUGGGGUUUCACCAUUCAAGAACAGGCAAAUGAGCAGUGGACGGCCCUUCGAACAGCUGCUCAGUACUACAUGGACAUGGGCAACCUAAUGUUUGACCGCUCUGUCGCUGAUGAAAAUAACAGGCUUUACAUGGAGAUGCUACGCAAUGCACAAGCUCACCUGGACAGCCAGACUCGUCAACACAAGUAGAAAAAAAAGACUUCCCAGAGUUGCCACAAAUAAAACAGGUGUCCCAGUAAAACCUAGAGUGU